AUGGCCGACUCACUUACCGAAGAGCAAGUCUCCGAAUUUAAGGAGGCCUUCUCUCUCUUUGACAAGGAUGGCGAUGGCCAGAUUACCACCAAGGAGCUCGGUACCGUUAUGCGCUCUCUUGGCCAGAACCCCUCCGAGUCUGAGCUUCAGGACAUGAUCAACGAGGUUGACGCCGACAACAACGGCACCAUCGACUUUCCUGAGUUCCUCACCAUGAUGGCGCGCAAGAUGAAGGAUACCGACUCUGAGGAGGAGAUCCGUGAGGCUUUCAAGGUGUUCGACCGUGACAACAACGGUUUCAUUUCUGCUGCUGAACUUAGACAUGUCAUGACCUCCAUCGGCGAGAAGCUCACUGAUGAUGAGGUUGAUGAGAUGAUCCGAGAGGCUGACCAGGACGGCGAUGGCCGAAUCGACUACAACGAGUUCGUCCAGCUCAUGAUGCAAAAAUAA